GCCUCAAUGUUUACAUUAUAUAUUCCAACCUUCAGGUCAGUCAUUAGUUGGGGAGGUGAAAGGCUUUAUGUUGGUUGCCAAGAAGCACAUAAAGGCAGCAGGGACGGAUGAAACAAACAAGGCCACAUUGCCGGGAAGGUGGCCUUCAGAGGCGAGCGGGUCACUGGGGCAGAAACCUUGCAGCUGUGUCACCUCACACCUCCACACAAGAAAAUGGAGUUUAAAACCACAACAUGUGAAUAGAAGCAAGGCACCUGUUGAAAGAAAAGAAAAAGAAAAAUACUUAGAGAGUUGAAGGCUCUUAAAAAGAGGUAAAGCCAUUAUGAGUUGCCAGAAUGCUACCUUUGAGUUGAACAAAGGAUCCCAUCCCGGGCCAGAGAACCCAGAGAGAAUUUCACAAGGUGAAACUGCAGAGGAAGAUGCCUGCAUAGCCCUGCUUGAAAACCAACUCAGCCUGGGCGACUUUGUCCAAAUACAAAGAGCCUUUGAGCCCUCAGAGCCAAGUCAAACCAUUUGUAUGUCCAGAGAAGAGUUUGUGCAGAGGAUGACAGAGAUUGUUGGUUGGGGCACAAAGGAAGAAUAUGGAGAGCUCUUUGAUAAAGUGGAUGUGGCCCAAGAUGGCUGUAUUAAUUGGGACAAGCUGACUUCAUUUAUGCUGUUAACACUUUAUGAGAAAGAUGAACAAGCAAAGGCAAUGGUGGUUCCCUAGUGGAAAGACCUUGAAUUCCUCCCAGUGAAACACAAGGACACCAUACAAAAUGUAAUUUUCUUAAAAAGUUCAAGUCAUUAUCUGAUCAUCAGGAAGGAAGGUUUAGUAGGAAUCUGGGGAGAGAAUUUAAAGCUGCAAGAAAUGCUUCCUGUCACUUCAGAUGCCAACAUGCUUAAACACCUGUGGCUGACAAGUAUGGCUUCUCUGGAAAAUGUAUACAAGAUAGCGGUGGCUUUUACAAGAAAAGAGAUUUGUUUCUAUGAUCUGCUGUCCAAAGAAGAAUUUCCUUGUCAAUAUAAACUCCAAGGCCUGAAAGGAACACCAGUUUGCAUGGAUUAUUGGUAUGACUCUUUUGAUGCCAAUGAGUCAAUUCUUUCUCUUGGGGACAUAACCGGAAAGGUGGCUAACGUGCCCCAGCCUAGUGCCUCGGUUGGGGGCAGCCCUGCAGAGACCUGUGGUGUGGGCUGCAGCCAAUGGAGCCCUGACACAAGUGGGGCUACUUCAGAGAGCCGCAGCAUAGUUACUUACAAUGCGUCCUUAGAUGCUAUUAUUUCCAGUACAACCAGCAAUACAAACACUGUGGUGCUGGCAUGGAGAGAGAAAUCAAAAAAGCGUCUUAAAAUGACAUCCUUCAACAUUGCCCAGGGCAUUCGUGCUUUUGAUUACCACUCUUGUCUCAAUUUAAUUGCAACUGCUGGCUUUAACAAUAAAGUUUGCCUUUGGAACCCCUAUGUUGUCUCUAAGCCAGUUGGUGUCCUUUGGGGUCACUCAGCCAGUGUAAUAGCUGUCCAGUUCUUUGUUGCAAGAAAACAACUUUUCAUCUUCUCCAAAGAUAAGCUUUUGAGACUCUGGGAUAUUCAGCACCAGCUGUCCAUCCAGAGGAUAGCUUGUUCUUUCUGCAAAAGUCAGGACUUCAGAUGUCUCUUCCACUUUGAUGAAGCCCACGGACAACUUUUCAUCUCACUUAAUAACCAGCUAGCAUUGCUGGGAAUGAAAAGUGAUUCCGGCAAGAGGGUGAAAAGCCACAAGAAAGCAGUCUCUUGUGUGCUUUACAAUUCAGUCUUGAAGCAGGUAAUCAGUUCUGAUGUGGGGUCGACUGUUUCCUUCUGGAUGAUAGACACUGGGCAGAAAAUCAAACAGUUUACUGUUUGCCAUGGCAACGUAGAAAUCAGCACAAUGCCCAUCGAUGCAAAUGAGACACGGCUUUUGACUGGCAGCACAGAUGGGCGUGUAAAGGUCUGGGACCUCAAUGGCUAUUGUCACCACCCACUAAAUGUUGGGCAAGAGGGAGCUGUGGAUAUUUCACACAUCCUAGUUCUUAAGAAGACAAUCCUGGUUACAGGCUGGGACAGGGCUAUUACUCUGUUUUACUCUAAGUAAAACUUCAGUCAGUUUUUCAUCCAACCUGAAGAAUGGAAGGGAGGGGUACAACACCGUAAUGAUAUCUUACGCACUGCAUUUUUACCUCCACAAAUUCUUGUUACAGGGAGUUAUGAUGGAGAAACUGCUCUGUGGAACAAUAGCACAGAAAAUGCUCACUAUAUCCUUCACCCUGAUUAUCAGCGGCUGCUAAAAUCAAAAUCGGAUAUAGAGCCUCAAAAACUUCCUGGUGCUGGGAGGAGCUGCUCCACCCACCCCAUGGCUGACCAGGCUGCUCUGGGAGCCUGUUCCUUUGAGACAGACACUGAGUGCAAUAAUGCUGUUAUGAGGCUUUGCUUCCUUGAAGCAAGAAAAAACCUUGCAGCCACAGGGUGAGCCAACCUGGUGUCAUGUGGAGGAUCUGGGUAUGUCAGAUUCUGGGAUACAUUUAAGAAGCACCUUCUGGCUGAAUUUUUGGCUCAUGAUGUUGUUGGUUCCAUUAUUGUGUCUGAUAAGUCAAACUGAUACCUCGCCGCAGGAGAUCUUGAGGGGUGGUUGAAAAUCUGGAAUACAGAGGAGUACUGUCUUAAUUCCAGUAAGAACAAACUCACAGAGGCCCCGACUCUGAUAAGAUCAUUCCGACCUCAUGAAGACUGGAUAAAUUCCGUAGAGAUGUGUGAGCCGGGCGGCCGGUUACUGGUUCUCUCCGCCUCUGCAAACUGCAGCAUUGAUGUCUGUGGUGCUCCUGUCCAGAUCUUUGGUCAGGCAAAGCAUUGGCAACUUGAGAACUGUUCCCUUCCUAAAAGAAAUAUUAAUUUAAUGGAAGAUAAGAUUCAAGAGAAAAGCAUAAAGGAAAUUCCUUUGCUUUCUAAGGAGGAACCAUGGUUAGACCCAUCAAAACAUUCUCUACUUGAUAAGAAAAACAAAGAGUCAACAUACAAUGUCAGACCAUCAGAAGUUAUAAAUUGGUAUGAAUAUAAGGAAAGAAAUGUUUAUAAGAAAAAAACACAUAACCUUUACAAUGGUGAAGUUAUACAAAAUCAUUCAGUAAGCGGUUUUAGGUCAUUAAGCAUGGGAAUUGAACUACCUGAAGUGAAUAAACCAGUUUUUCUUCUAGACCCUGAGAAAUACUUUAGGGAAGAGCCAGAGGAGGAAUGUCCCCAAAUUCCGGAGCUUCUAUCACUUUCUGAAACAUUGAAAGCAGUAUUUGAUGAGAAAAGCCUAUUCCCCAAAGAAAUUCUGGAUCGUGAACAAAGAGCCAGGCAAUUAUGUCAAGACACAAGUAGUGAUGUAAAGAUAAAAAGGAAUAAGAAGAAGCUUCAUUUUGAAACAAUGUUUUAG